UCUCCUCCCACCGCCCUGCCCCAAGAUCACUCGCCCUCUCUGGCUCUCUGGCUCUCUGGCUCUCUGGCUCUCUGGCUCUCUGGCUAUCUGGCUUGGCCCCUCGCAUCCGCAAACAUGACUCUCUCACCCAACAACAGCCUGGACCUCAGCGGCGUGCCCCAGGGCAAUAUUCUGAAGGCUGUCAAAUCUUCUUGCAAACACUUGGCAGAGACUGCUACCGCAGACAUUUCGAUCCAAGACGAGUCGAUCGACCAGUUUCUCUCCACCUUCGAUGUCAAUCUCUUCAAAGAUCUGACCAAUACCGAGCCCUUCCGGGUUCCGCUUCGGUUCGACAGCAUCGAAGCCGAGAUCAACUUCAUCGCCCUGCUGGACCUGCUCAACUUUGGCAGCGGCUGGCGAGUGGAGCUGCACAACGCUGUUGGAAGAGGAGCUUCGGAAGCCAUCAAAUUUGGGGCUAUGGCGAUGCAUAUUUCAGGAAUUACAGCAACGACAGAGUAUCUCAAGAGCGUCACCAUAUCCGAGAUCUCCUCUCUCUUUGACAUCCCGGUGACGCACGAGGUCCCGCAUCCAAGCCUGCCGGUCGUCAUUGGCGAGCCUGCACCCAUUCGACCGUUUGUGCAGGCCAUCACCGACACACUGAAGGAGACCGGCGAGUGUCUGGAGUCCCAGGGCUUCAAGAGCUUGGGCCACUUCAUUCUACAGGUUACCCAGCCAUCGAAUGACAGCCCCAGGAAGGCCGCCGAUGUGGUCGAAGCCAUUGUUCGUCUCCUGCCCUCGAUGCGGGACUAUGGCGAGUGGCAUGGACAGCGCGUUUACAUCUUGAAACGGGCACAGCUACUCGUGUGCGAUCUGUACCGGCGCUUCGGCGGCAGCGAUCCAAAGCGCUUUGCCUUCCAGGAGCUGGACCAGCUGACAAUCUUCAGCGAUAACGUUGUGCCUCGCGUUCUGGAGCACUUUGGUAUCAUCAAGAUCCACAAUCCGUCGCUCGUGCAAAUGAUUCAGGCGGGUCGGGACCUUGGCAAAGACAGCGAUCGGUGGGACUGGGCGUUGCGUGCCAUUGCCAUCGAAGCUACCGAACGAAUACUCGACAAGGCCCAUUCAUGGCAGGAUGACUCGGACCCGGCUCGUUCCGAGACCCUGCGAGCCCUGGCUGCCUUCCGCCUUGACAACUUCCUGUGGGGCAUGGGCAAGCAAAAGGACAUUCGCUCGCUCACAAGACUUGUCAACAAGCAAACGGUGUACUUUUAGGCGCCUUGGCACUAACGAGCAUGCCGCACCCGCUCUUGUGCUCUUCUAUGUGGUUGGUGCAUAUACUGGUUACGUAGAAAUACAUGCACAUUCAUCAUUCA